CACGAUGCAGUCCCAUGCUUUGCUCCAGCUCUCUUUAUCUCUGUCCCUCUAUAGUGAGGCAGUGACCCUGGGUGUGCGCUGUUUGGGAUGACCUCAUCUUCAGCUCUGCCUCUCUCUCUGUGUCUCUCGCUCUCUCUCUGGCUUGUAUAAUGGGAGCAGGAUUAGGGCUAUAAUAGCGUCCUGGCUGCUCACUGCCGGAGUCUAUUGUGGCUUUGUGUGUGGGAGGGACGCACCAACGCUGCGCUCUGCUCAUGGCCACACUCACAUUCUGACAGAAAACAUGUCCAAAUACUCUCCUUGGAUCAGGGAUUAAACGUGACUUGAUUUGAUGAAAUGUAAAUGAGUGAGUGGAGGUAAAGGUCAGGUGUGUGUGUCUGGUAACACACAGUGGAAAAUGAGAGAGACAAACACAAAGACAAGAAGUUACUGUUUCUACCAGAGAAAUACCCAUAUGACACGUUUUAACGUAUAUCCUCCAAGGACGCACACUGAUGCGUAAAGCCAAUUAGCGGGGACAGCACCUGUGUUCUACUGCACCCUGGUGGCUGCUUUGCAUAGCGGCAACACCUUCCAGAGGUCAAUGAGAGCUUCGUGACAUAGAGCAUCUUUGCAUUGCUGCCAGCAUCACCACUCCACUUGCGUUACACUGCCUGAACUGCAUGCACCUGCUGGGGGGGGGGCGUGCAGAGCAGGAAACACUAAUGUGGAGAGGUUUUACGCGUAAAGUCAGUGAGUCAGACUCAGUUUGGAGAGAGGUGAUGAAUGGCUGCAAGACUGAACCUGGGCCCCAACCUAAAGAGAGAGAGAGAGAGUUAGAGUAGUGAGGGAGAGAGAUUGAGUGGGAGAGAGAGAGAGGGAGAGAGAGAGAGAGGUGCGUAAAGGGAGGGAAGAGAGAGAGAGAGGAAAAGAGAGAGAGAGAGAGAGAAAGGGACUGUGGUUACUUUGUAGUUGCUGAGAGCCGUGCGACAGUUUUCAGAUGCCGACAGAUGUGCCCGAAGACAGGCUCAGCAACGAGGAGAAGACGACCAAGUGCGACAGUAUGACUCUGUCCAGCACCCCUCUGACUGUCCGCAGAGGAAGCACCCCUCUGCCACUUAAACACCAACUCAGACGAGAAGAAGCCGUCCACGAUGACUGUGACUGGUCAUCGGGUGCAGCUGGACCCUCUGUUUCACCGGUCAGCUUCAGUCCAGCCUUGGAUGACACUUUGAUGGUGGCAGUGGAGGGCAGACCUGAUGGGCCCUUGAGGAUUGCCCUGCUGGGGCAGAACGGCGUGGGGAAGUCCUCUCUGGCCAUCGCCCUCGCUGGGGACAUGGACAGGACAGCAUCUGUGGAUUCUGAUGGGGAGGGUUAUGUACGCACAGUCACUGUGGAUGAUGAGGAGAGUACCAUCAUUAUCUAUGACAACUGGAGACAGGACCUGUCAGCUCUGCAGUGUGAGGUGUGUGUUCUGGUGUUUUCAGUGACAGACCGUCGAAGUUUCCACCGAACCGCUCAACUCCGGCUACUGCUGAGAGAGACUCAGCCCCAAACUCCCAUCAUCCUUGUCGGUAAUAAGAGUGAUCUGGUGCGCUCACGUGAGGUGACAUCCCAAGAGGCCAUGUCCAGCGCCGCCCUCUUCAACUGUCUUUAUCUAGAGAUAUCUGCCUCUCUGGAUCAUCGUACCCCAGAGCUCCUGGAGUGUGCUGUGCGGUUAGCCAGGGGCCAGUCCCCGUGGCCCCCAGGAACCAGUAUGGAGGACAUGAUGAGCGGCCAGCGUGAAAGCAUCACUUCCCGUGCUAAACGUUUCCUGUCCAGCCUGGUGCCUCGCUACCCCAGAGAGAGAGAAGUGGGCAAGUUCCUGAGGCAAAAAUCCCGCUCAUGUCAUGACCUGGGGGCACUGUGAUUGGUGCUGAAAGACGAUCAAUUAAGUUGUUAACAGAGAUGAUAGCUGGAGGCGAUGUAGAAUACCACAAAUAGUGAAAGAGGGAAUGAUAUUGCAAACACAGAAAAAGGAACGAAGAGUAACAAUGGAGGUGUGAGUGGGAAGGUGCCAAAAAUGAUGGAAGGACAAUGUUGUGAGUGAUCAUCAUGUGCAUCCAGCGAAGGAAAACAGUGACAACAAACAGUAGUGAUGUUUAUCUGAGUGAUGACAAUAGAGAAAUGUUGUACACAAAUGCUGACAGCAAAGAAGAGAAAAAGAUAUUGUAGAAAAUAUGUAAAUAUAUUCUAGUAGUGAUACUUAAAUGCUACCUUCAAAGCUUUGAGAAUGAAAUAAAUUGAUUUUUUUGAGUCUUGA